UGAAUUAGGGGAAUGAGCAACCCAUUUUGACCCGGCCGUUUCAGAUAAACGGGUUAAGUGUUGAGGGUUUUGAGUGAUUUGCAAAUUGCAGACAACUUUCCGACAUGGCGACUGUAGUUGAACUUCAGAAAAAUUCAGCGAAAUGGACUAAAGUUGUUGACGAAAUAGUGAGAAUAGAGAAACGAGUCUUCCCUAAACACGAAUCUCUGGCUCGAUCAUUCGAUGAAGAACUCAGGAAGAAGAAUGGGGGGCUGUUAUACAUGGAGGUCGGAGCAGGAGAAGUUGCUGGUUAUGUCAUGUAUUCUUGGCCCUCUUCCCUUGCUGCUUGCAUCACCAAAUUAGCAGUGAAAGAGAACUACAGAAAGCAAGGCUUUGGAGAAGCCUUACUUAAGGAAGCAAUUCAGAAGUGCAGAACAAGAAAGGUUCAGCGUGUUUCACUUCAUGUUGAUCCCUCGAGAAUUGCAGCCAUGAAGCUUUACCAGAAGCUUGGUUUCCAAGUGGAUACUCUUGUGGAGGGCUAUUAUUCUGCAGAUAGAAGUGCGUAUAGAAUGUAUUUGGAUUUUGACUCGGAAUAACCAAAUGAAAAUUUCAAAUUUAUAAAGUUAUGAUGUUUAUAUUAGA